ACUCGCUGCUUUUAAUUUAUUUUUUAUUCUGAUUUUGAUUUUUCUUUUUAAUGUUCCUCUCCUGGAGUUUCGAACUGUAAAAGCACCAGGGUGGGGGACAGGGGGUUUUAAGGAAGACUGUUGCAAAGACUCAGGCAAGGGUCAUUUCCCCACCCCACCAAAAUGAUGCUCAGCCCGGACCAAGCGGCGGAUUCCGAUCACCCCUCCUCGGCUCCCUCGGACCCGGAGUCCCUGGCGGGGCCCGACACCAAGGGGCUGCUGGGCUGCUGCGUCUCGGACCCGGAGCCGGUGGAGGAGGGCGGCGGGGAGGGCAAGGGGGGCGGCCGGGCGGCCCUGCACCCCCAGCAGCUGAGCCGCGAGGAGAAGCGGCGCCGGAGGAGGGCCACGGCCAAGUACCGCUCGGCCCACGCCACCCGCGAGCGGAUCCGGGUGGAAGCCUUCAACCUGGCCUUUGCCGAACUGCGCAAGCUGCUGCCCACCCUGCCCCCGGACAAAAAACUCUCCAAGAUCGAGAUCCUGCGCCUGGCCAUCUGCUACAUCUCCUAUCUCAACCACGUGCUGGACGUGUAGGGGCUGGGCCGCGCCAGAGCGGGACCGCGGAGGCACUGAUGGAGGGGAAGGAGGCGACGCGCGCUGCCGGGAGGUGAUACUGACAAGGGGAGACACUUGCAACAUAUUCCACCUGGGGAAGGGAGGGGGCAUCCUGGGGGCCCUCUGGGCCCUUCCUGGCAGACCCGGGGGUGUACCUGAAUCUUUGGGGUCAGCUUUGGGGGGGGGUCCCCCAGAGUCUUUCGGCUCAGACAUUGCAGAUGCAUCUGCGUUUUCCAAGACAGCUGUAGGGCGUGAUAACCAGCCAAGAUCAUUCAUAUCAAUAGACCAACUCGCUGUCUCCUGCAGGGCUAGCUCCUUUGGAAAUCACUCCAGACUUCGCAGGUAACAUUUCAUUGUCCUCCCUUUCUUACUGAAGGAGAGCUCAGAGCUGUGAUGGUUUUAGGGGACAAAAGCUCCGAAAUUAGAGACUUUUUUAUUUCUCCUCCAUGAAAAUCGCACAGUGCCCUACACAAAAUGCAAGAGACGGACGUUGUUUUUCACGCGAGAACUUUUACAAUUAGCCUCCAAUUCAGCAAAGCACUUAAGCACUUGCCAGGUCAAGGGGACUUUAAAACGGGCCUAAGUUCUGCAAGCUUAAGUGCUUUGCUGAAUGAGGACAUUAACGACUCAGAAGGUAAAAGGAAGCUAUAAAGAAUAUAAAAAGGGAAAGGGCAGAUGCAUUUCCAAAGUCUUCUCGGGGUUUAUAAAAAUAUACUGAAUAUUUUGCAAGGUUUUCUUUUUAAAAAUCAUUUCCCACCUAUACCGCAAGGUGGAAGAGCAGUUUGGUGACACAAAUAUAGAACGUCCAGGUUUAAGAAGGAAAAUGUAAAAUCAGAUUGUUUUUCAGGCUGUCAAGUGCCCCUUUAUAUAUCCAAAAACAUCUACUUGUGACCUUAAACAUGUGACCCAUGGGUGCAGUUAAAAAUAACUAUUUUUUAUUUAAGUUAGAAGGAGUAGACAAUUUAUUUUUUUCAAGACCUAUUUAUUUUUCUGAGUGGUGGCAAUUUUACUUUGGAUACUUUGUGCCAAUUGGUUUAUAUAGUCGAGUGUUUACACUUUCUCCUGUGGAAUAUUAUGUCUAACUUUUCAAGUGUUUGUUGGGAUCAAUACAGUGGUUAUUUGUUUUUUGCUCCAAUUAUAUUGCACUUGUAUAUGACAACCUUCCCUUCCGCCCUGUUUCUAAGUAUAUUUUAUAUAUUAAGACAUUUGUUCUUGAACGAUUUUUCUUUUUUG